AUGACUACGGCGGACACCCUUCGCUCCGAGGGCAACGCGCUCUUCAAGUCCGGUCGCUACUCGGAGGCGGAGGAGCGCUACGCCGCGGCCAUCGCCGCGCUCGCUGGCGCGCCCGAGAGCGAGGAGGCGCGCAAGUGCCGGCUCAACAGGUGCGCGUGCCUGCUGCGGUUGCAUGGCUACGAGGCGGCUCGGCGUGAGGCGGAGACGGUGAUCGAGCAGAGCGGCGGCACCGCCGCAAAGGCGCACUUCCGGCUGGGGCAGUGCCUCGACGCGCUGCACGAGCCGCAGGCUGCGGCGGCCGCGCUGACGCAAGCCAUCAAGCUCGACCCCAAGGCGCGCGAGCCGCGCGAGGCGCUCGAGGCUGUGCGCGCACGGCUCAAGGCGCAGCCGCAGCUCGAGCUCGUCCUCGACGACCUCCGCCUCGUCGAGGAGCGGGCGCUGCGGGCGCUCUGCCACUCGGACCUCUCCCGCUCGCGCCAGCAGCUCGAGCUGAUGCUCAAGCAGGCGCGCGCGCAGGCGGGCACGCUCGGGCGGGACGCGGGCCACUGGGAGGGGCGCGCCCUGCUCGGCCUCGCGCUCGUCUGCGUCGACGAGGGCGAGGCUGCCGCCGCCGCCGACUACAUCGCCGCUUGCCGCCGCCGGCUGCCCGCCGAGGAUGCCGCGCGGCAGGACGCGAGGCUCGAGGGCGCGCUCGCGCUGGUCUCUGCCGCCGUCGCGCUCGAGACGGAGCAGCUGGUGGAGGCGGAGGAGCAUGUGGCCGCGGGCCUCUCCCUCGCCCGCUCGACCCGCAGCGACGCGCUCCUGCUGCGGCUGCUCGGCACCUCCUCGGCGCCGCCGGGCCGUCUGUGUGGAGGCCUGGCCGUCGCCGCAGCCGGCACAGAGGCUCGGGGUUCGGCCUCUAUAGGCGCUGCUCGCGCGGCACGGGCGGUGGGGAGAGGCGGAGGCGGCGGCGAGGGAGGGCCUUGCCGUGGCGGCCGAGAGCGGCGACAGCCAUGGCCUCGCCGUCUGCCGGCUUGCGCUCGGGGAGUCACUGCGGGGGCAGCGGCGCGUCGCCGCCGCAGGUGAAGCGCUGCGCGGCGCCUUCGCGGCGGCGCACGCGCUCGGCCACGCGCGCGCGCUGUCGGCGGCGCACUCGAGCUACGCGCGCCUCCAGCUCGAGCACGGCAUCGCGCCCGACCGCGUCGCGUCUGCCAUCGACAAGCUCGACAAGGCGCACUCCAUCUCGUCGAUCAACGGCCUGCGCGGCGCCGCCUGCGACGACGCGCACAACCUCUUCCUCGCCGCGACGCGCCACGGCUCGAGGCCGCGCGCCGAGUGCGUGCGCGGCCUCCGGGCUGCGCUGGCAGAGGACGCAGCACUGCACUCCUCGUCGGCGCACGCGCGGCUCUCCGGCGCGCUCGCGCUCGCUCUACUCGGUGACCCCGCCGCCGGCGUCGGGUCGGCGACACCGCCGGUCGAAGAGAGCGUCGAGACGACGACGGCGGCGCUCGCACUCCACCCGGGAGGAGGCGGGCGUGGCGCGAGGGAGGAGCCGGUCCCUCCGCUCGGCUCCGCCGCGGCCGCCGCCGAGGCGCAGCGCAGCCUCGAGGCGGGCCUCGGGAUCGCGACCUCGCACUUGGAGCGCGCCGACCUCCUCGGCCUGCUCUGCUUGCGCCACCUGGCGACCCCCGACGGUGGCGCGGCCGCUGUCCGCUUCGCCCGCGAGGCAUGCGAGGCGUCGCACGCGUCCGGUUUCGCCCGGCCGCUCGAGCGAGUCAACCUCGCCGUCGCGCUCCUCGCCGCCGGGGAGGAGGGAGGAGGGCCGGGGGCGGAGGCCGAGGCGACGGCGCUGCUUGAAGCGGUCACCACCGCCCCGGAGCAGGACCCUGCAAGCGCGAGCAGGGCGCACCGCGCGUUGGCGCUUGUGCACGAGGCCGCGGGCCAGCCAGGGUUGGCGGCGGCUUGUCUCGAGAAGGCGGAGGCCGUUGAGACAGCGGGCUGGGAGGCCCGGAAGGCCGCGGCCGCCUCGAUCCCCGGCGCGGGUUAGCGAGAGAGUAGGAUUUUGCGCCGUUGGCGACUCCGACUGCUCUGCCGUCUGCGCGUUACGGCGGCGAGACACGACGAGCGCACCCGGUUUUCUUCCAGGAUUAUUGCUUUCUAGUAUAACAGCCUCAUGUUUCAUA